UCAACACAGGGGAAAAAAAAUGCUGAAAGGAGUAAUGGAUUCAGAUGGUGAAAUGCUAUCCAAAAGUUUCAUUCCUAGUAAUUGCACUUUAAUUAAAGCUUACAAAGCUUUUGAUGAUGUUAAAGCGUAAUGUCAAUGAGAAAUUAAAAGAAACACCGCAAUCAAUAAUUAGAACCAUGUGAUCCUCUUAGCGUUCCCAUGCAGAAUGUUUAAAAGUUUUUGGGUGAAAAUAUUAAUUUUUAGCAGCCAAUUAAAACCCUUUUUUUUAUGUUUAUGAGAAAUCAGUGUAAGUUAAAACAGCGCAAUAAAAUGUCGCUUGUUUUACAGAUGGUUGGAAGUUUAAUUUUACAGUUUUGUUGACGGUUGUUGCGAUGACUUUAGUAUGGGAAAUGGAAUGAAUAAGGUCUUGCCAGGGCUGUACUUGGGUAGCUUCCGAGAUGGCAAAGACUCUGAACAACUUCAAAGCAAUAAAAUCACUCAUAUUAUUUCAAUACAUGAUACGGCCAAGGAAGUCGUCGAGGACAAAGAAUAUUUGUGCAUACGUGUACCAGAUUCACCCGACGAAAACCUUAGCAAGUAUUUUCCCAAGUGCAACGAUUUCAUUCAUAACGCCAGGUUGAGUGGGGGAAACGUACUUAUUCAUUGUUUAGCCGGAGUUUCAAGGAGUGCUACAAUCACAGCUGCCUACAUUAUGUCUGUGACCAGUUUAACGCUGAAAGAUGCUUUGAAAGUAGUGCGAGGAGCCAGGAACAUUGCCAACCCUAAUUAUGGAUUUCACUCUCAGCUCAAAGAAUUCGAGUCUUUCGUUCUAACGUCAGAGCGGAAACGACUAAAAAUCCGAUAUCCGAACUCAGACCAAGAAAAAGACGAAGAAGAAUGCGCCAAAAUGAUUACUGUUUACCACAGCAAUGCGUCAACACUGGCACCACAGACAUUAGAUCCUAAAGCCUCCACAUCUUACUCAGCUUCAUCAACUCCCGUUACUUCACCGAUGCAUCGGUUCAAACAAAGAAAGUCUCGCAGUGCCUCUAGCAGUCCGAGGAGAUCCACUUCACAUACAGAAAAACUGGAUUCACCUCGUCGAAAAAGUUGAUCAAAAUGCAGCUCACAGGAAGUGAAAAAGUAAAAUGUGAUACAAAAAAUCAACCUUUACUACAUACAUAUGUAUAUAUCUAUAUAUAUGUAUAGAUAUUUAGCAUAAGCAAAGAAUUAUCGAGCUUUAAAUAUUUUUUGAAAUACAAGUUAGAUAUUUGUGGGACCUGCAAAGAUUGGUGGUAGUAAGUAGUACAUGCAAAGAUACAAUCACUGAUUAAGCUUCAAGUACACGUUACGAGGUUGUGAUAACAGCGAAGUUAGGAUGUUCCAUGUACUUCUAGGCAGAUUCACCAACAUUGGUCAUCCAGUCAUUCGUAGCAUUUAUCGUACAUGAUAGACGCAACAUAAACGUGAUACUUGAACAAAAUCUAAAAAAGGAAACUAUUAUUAAUAUAUGGGUGUUCUUAAAUUUUAAAUCAUUUUACUGUCGGUAUUUCAAAAUUAAUGUGGAUAUUUUUUCGUUUUGAAUUUGACUUAUUUCUGUAGCAACAACGGAAAUUUCGCAGCAGUUGGAGAGUGAUACUGUAGGGACUUAACCAGAUUUUUUUUCCUUCUCGAGAAGGGACUUAAUUUUAUAGAUAAUCCUCAAAAAAAAAAAAAAAUCAAA